CAUGAAUCGACUUGUCCCUGUCAUUGAUCUGCCUGUUGGCAGCAAACCGAGAUGGGAAGUUGAAAAACACGACGGUGAUGAAGAUCUAAAGAGUGUAUCCGAAAGUUUUGUUCUUUGCCAGUCUCUUCGGCAAUCGCGAGAUCGUUGGUUGUCUUUCUUCCCAAAGUUCUCCAGCCGAUCACGCGGUGGGAAGACUGCCGACAUUAGCCCACCUACACACACCAUCCAGAGCAGAGGAACAUGCGACCUCGAAGUUGGGCCCCACAUCUUUCCUGGAACGACUUUCUUAGAAGUCCAUUAUCUUUCCUCCCAGCCUCAGCCUCAAUCACAGGCUUCUCAGUCGUACCAGCCGUAUCAAUCAAUUGGUUCUAGCAGUGCCCCUUGGACAUCUUACGGGAAUUCUUACACUACUAAUGCCCCCAAAACACCACCUCCUCAGCCUAAUGACUCCCAGUCAUCAGCGCCGUUAUUGUCCUCCCUGAGUUCAGUUACAAUCAUAACACCGGCCUUGAUACACCAAGUCAAUUCUGCUGCAUCGUCUAAUCCAACUCUUGCCAACCUGCUCCAACUAGCAGCCGCCGGAAAAGCUAGUCCAGAUCAGCUGCAGACACUGGGCUUGCUCAUUCAAUCUCUGGCUCAUUCGCCUGCUGUAAUAUCACAGAAUGUCAUGCCACUGCCGCCACAUCCACCCCCGCCAGCAAAAGAAUUCGAUAUCGUUUUCGAAUUCCAGGAGACUUCAUCUGAACGAUGGAUAUUGCCCAGGGGUCGGGCUGUCUGUGAAAGAAAGAUCGAUAGCGGUGUGACAGAUACGGCCUACGAUAUCAUGAUUACUACAUAUCUUUCGCCCAUGUCGGAUUCUACAGUAGCAGCGACGCCCACUGAUGAUAAAGGAGAAGUGGUGACAUUUCGGCUGAUAAAAGCUCCUUUAUCACUAUGGGAUAUGGUGUCACGCUGGGGAGGUGGUGAAGAAAAGAUGAGAGAGAGUCGAGUCUUUUUGGAUGAACUGAUGAAGAACAGGCCACAUAGAUCGUACCUCGGUCACCAGCUAUCACCAGGGUCUCUCUUAACUCAGUUACAAAAUGCAAACACAUCUUCGUACACUAUGAAGCUAUUGAAGCCCAGUCAAUCAUCAGGGACUCGGUCAAGACGCAAACCAGCGCAGCGAAAGUCUUCAACAGUCACUAUACCUGCAAAUACUCCAGCUGUUUCACCUAUGCAAGGGAUCCACCCCAACCCUUUGUUAUCCGCUCCUUCUACUGGUCCUCCGGUCCCCACACCGUCUCCAGCGCCCGUUCAUGUGCCUGCGCCUGCGCCUGGACCCAAGCCUCCAAAACGACCUCGGAUGACAGCUCCGAGACCCGUUGCACAACUUCCCCAAAUUAGGUGCAUGUCUUGUGGUCAAACCGAUGUUCCUCUCAUUCUUGGUGGAAGAUUCUGUCGCCCUUGCGUUGAUGGAGGAAAGGCUAAUCUUGAGAUUCCCUCAGCGCGGUACCCAACACCAUCCCGCCCGUAUUAUCCUAGAAUUCCCCCCCAGCCUUUUGUGCCACCUAGUUCGUCUACGUACAGGGCCUCACCGCUUGGAGCGAACCAUGUUGCGUCUCCGAAUACCACCAGUACACCGAUACAUUCCGAGCCUCAAGAACCGAUAAGCUAGCUCAUAUUUAUUUCUUAACUACUGUAUAAUACUUGUACAUUCUCCGUAUAAAUAAAUAUUGCAAAGCAAUGCGAAAACCCCAGUGUU